CCGGUGAUACAAACGGAAGUCAAUCUGUUGGAAUUCCCCCACAGAACAACACUGCCAGCGGCCGAACAAGAGCCCGUUGGUACUAAAGAAUCCGAUGAGCAACAGACCACCGCUCUAGAAGAAAACCCCGAAGAGAUGGCACGGCAUCUCCAUUCUCCCACAUUUACAAUAUCUUUGGUGAGACGGGAUGGAGAACUAUGCAUGAAAACUCCCUCGAAGUUGGCGAUCCGAACUGGCCACCGGGGCAUGUGGCUUGGUUGGAUGAACCGAAGCACUACGCCGCCGAGUCAAGCUACUACAGGAGGAAGAUGGUUGCUGUCGGCGACGGUGCUUGCGGAAAGACGUGCACUUAUAUCACCUUCUCGAAAGGCACGUUUCCGGAGGUAUACGUCCCAACCGUCUUCGAAAACUACGUCGCGGACGUGGAGGUAGACGGCAAGCAUGUCGAGCUCGCUUUAUGGGACACGGCUGGCCAAUCAGACUACGACAGACUCCGGCCUUUAUCGUACCCUGAUUCGCAUGCCAUCAUGAUCAGCUUUGCCAUCGAUUCCCCGGAUUCGCUCGUCAAUGCGGCUGAUGGAUGGAUUUCGGAGGUGGCACAUUUUUGCCGUGGGCUACCAAUCCUUUUGGCCGGAUUCAAACACGACCUGAAGCACGACAAAAAGACGGCUGAAGAGCUAAGCAAGACCUCGCAGAAGCCGGUGACAUAUGGUCAAGGACUUGCGGCCGCCAAGUACAUUGGUGCUGCGGCCUACGUCGAGUGCUCAGCCCUGACUGGCGCUGGAAUUCGGGAGACUUUCGAAGUGAUGACUCGGUUGGCACUUAAAAUGGCUAAGAAGGCGAAGAAAAGUGCGGGGGCUAAACACAAAGACGCCUCGUGCAAUUUAAUGUAGAUCGGCGGAAUUAGGGGUUGUUGAGGUAUAAUGAUUGAAGGGUUGAUAAACUAUGAUUAGGGAGGGCCUAUUGCG